UUACUGAACAUUACUGUACAUUGUUUUACUACGCUUGCUUAAGUCAUCCCACUGUGCUGUGUUCUGUGUUCUGUCGUCUGUUCUGCCUAUCCCCGAGCCGCUGCCGCAUUCUCCGUUGGCUGUAGCUUUUGGUGACGUUUUUUGUAUGCACUCGGAUUAUUAUUUGAAUUAAUUUUGUGCUAAUGAAUCACUCGUAAAUUCCAAAAAACGUUCACGGAAUCAAUUUUCCGGCAUUGCGUUGCCUUUCCUGGUGUUUUGGGGAAAUUGCUGUUCGUGGCGCCGUCAACAUGACGAAAAUUGUGAUAGUCGCGACGUGUUUAUUAUUCGCGAGCUGUGUGUUGUCGCAGAGGAUAAAUGGCCUGGUGGAGCUGGACGAGGAUAACUGGCGGCUCAUGCUCGAGGGCGAGUGGAUGGUGGAAUUCUUUGCGCCAUGGUGUCCGGCUUGCAAGACGUUAGCUCCGACAUGGGAGUCUUAUGCGCAACAACUGCAAAAGGUGGGAGUGGGCAGAGUGGAUGUGACCAAAUCACCGGCGUUGAGUGGCAGGUUCUUCGUGACAGCGCUGCCAACGAUAUUCCAUGUCUCGAACGGCGAGUUCCGUCAGUACCGUGGACCAAGGGAUUUGGAGUCAUUAAUCCGCUUCGUAGUCGACGGAAAAUGGAAGUCGAUUGAGCCGGUAUCGUCGUGGAAGAACCCUGCAUCACUGCAAAUGUCGCUGCUUUCUCAAUUCUUCAAACUGUCGCAUCUGCUGAAGGAUAUCAACACUCGACUACAUGACGAUUAUGGGUUGCCUACCUGGGGCUCGUACGCCCUGUUCGCCAUUGCUACCAUCUUCUUGGGUGCUAUCCUGGGUCUAAUGCUUGUUUGCGUCGUUGACUUCCUCUAUCCACCAAAAACGCACCGUCAGAGCUUCGCGGAAGUGAAACAAAAGGAACUAACCGAAGGAAGUGGUGCCAUUGAAGACAUUGCCGACGAUGAACUGGAGGAUGAAGCUGGAAAUGCUGCGAAGGAGGAAGAAGAAGGCGAUUCAACUUCCGAAGGCGAACGUAACUCUGGCAGCGACAACGACGACGAGAACAACGAGAAAGAGGAGUCAGAAAAGAGCGGCGACAACGAAGACAACAACGACAAAGAGUCAAGUCCUCAAGUGCGCAAGCGAAAAACCCGAAAAGCUGACUAGGACCUCUUGUAACCGAAGUGAUUUAAGAUAUUGGCGGGGUGUAAAACUCAAGUUGGAAGUGAUGAUGCGCCGCACAACGUUUUUACGAGAAUUAGUUAUAGUUGCAAAUUGUAAUAUACGUAAAUCGUCUGAAGUUUAAUAUAAUCUAACAUCCACUGAGACUGUAUGCAUAAAAAUAACUCUUUACCAAAUAUACACGCCUUCGAGUGAACGUGGAACGUGUCAAAUUGCGCCUACCCAAGGACACGUUGAAGAUUUCGUCCUCCUCGUGAACAACUUCUAACGCUAAAGUGUGCAGAUGACUUGGUUUUGUCUGCAAACAUACCAGCUCAGCUUGAAGCUUUAAUGUUUGACA